GGGGUGCAGCGGAGAGAUGAGCUGAGCAUCACAGCCCCGCAUUCAAGGAAACGGACUAUCACAGCACUUUUUUUCUCUCUCUAUGUAUUUAUUUGUAUAACUCCCCGCUGUGUGUUCGGUCCCGUGAAGCUCCAUGAGGUGAAACAUCAUCUCUCAGAAGAGGAGCUCGAUGUGAGCAGGUUUUCUCUGAGGAGCGGGGGAUCUCUGCCCAGUCAAGGAAGACCCCCUCAAUUGUUUCCUGCGCCAAGAACUGUAAAGACAUGGUCAUCACAGCGCAUCUGUGAUGAGCGGCAGGCUGUGUGUGUGAGGAAGUCUCAGAGGAUGUCCCCGAUCUGUGGGCCUCGUUGCUGAAGCUCCGCAGGGCUGACCGGUGGGCCACCAUGUCUCAGCACCAUCAAUACCAGCGAGGCCUUCACGGCCGCACCAUGAGCUCCGAGGAUAGGAGCUUCACACCGGUGAACAGGACCGCCGCGCCGGUUCAGAAGAGCGCUUCUUCUUCCUCUUCCUCCCAGCGAGACAGCCGGCAGGAGGCAGAUAGCUGGGAAAUAAUCGAGGGACUGAAAAUCGGUCAGAGCAACGUUCAGAGGCCUGACAAACACGAGGGUUUUAUGUUGAAGAAGAGGAAAUGGCCCCUGAAAGGAUGGCAUAAGCGUUUUUUUGUUCUGGACAAUGGCAUCCUGAAGUACUCCAAGACUCCGAUUGAUAUUCAAAGGGGGAAGCUUCACGGCAGCAUUGAUGUCGGCCUCUCUGUCAUGUCUAUCAAGAAGAGGGCGCGUCGCAUCGACCUGGACACUGAGGAGCACAUCUAUCACCUGAAGGUUAAAUCUCAAGACAUCUUUGACGCCUGGGUGUCAAAGCUGCGCCAUCACCGGCUGUAUCGACAGAACGAGAUAGUACGCUCUCCCCGGGAGCCCACGAUGCGAACGUUUCCUCCCUCAGCUGCCAUAGAGCCACCCCAACCGCCGCCGAACGUAGUGAACGAAACAAAGCAAGCCAAGUCCAGCAGCUUGCCAUGGCAGCCGGCAGCUCCCAGCAGCAGCAGCAACAGCAGCCUGCAGGCGUCCUACAGCAACGGUCAGAGCCGGGUGGUAGCUUGGCUUCACGAAUCUGAGGAGAUGGACAAGUGUGCAGAGGAGCUUGCACGCUGCCAGUCCAACCUGACUGAGUUAAGCCGGUUAUUGCAGAGCCUUGAGAUCCUGCAGAGAACACAGUCAGCUCCUAACUUCAUAGACAUGCAGACCAAUUGCGUAGAACUGUCAAAGAAAGAAAAGCGCUUUAACAGAAGAUGGAGAACAAAAAGUGUCGGCAAAGACCCAAAAUUCCAACUGCAGGUCCCUCUAUCUGCCAGCAUGUCUCCUGUCCGCCUCCACUCUUCCAAUCCAAACCUGUGUGCUGAACUGGGGGACUACCAGCCUCCGGUUUCUCGUUUGUCAGACAGUGUGGAGUAUGCCAGUGACUACAUUAAGCUUCAGGAGGAAUUCUGCACUAUUGCCCAGAAAGUCCACUCUCUCCUGAAGUCGGCCUUCAACACUGUGGCCAUAGAGAAGGAGAAGAUCAAACAGAUUCUUUCCGAGCAGGAGCAGUCAGACCAGUCAUCCCAGAUCAUCGCUAUCAGGAAAUCUCUGUCUCUGGCUCUAGCCCAGAAUGCGGAGCUUCGAAGCCGCCUCAACCGCAUCCACUCUGAGUCUAUCCUGUCUGAGCAAGUUGUCAGUGUGAACAUCAUCGCCACGCCUGACGAGGCCGUGGAGCAGAUGGGGAUCCCUCUGACUCAGCAGGCCUCUAAUGAAAGUCGACUCUCCAUGUCGGAGUCCGUCUCAGAGUUCUUCGAUGCGCAGGAAGUGCUUCUGUCAGCCAGCUCGUCGGAGAAUGAGGGCUCGGAUGAUGAGUCAUACGUCAGCGACGUGAGCGAUAACAUUUCCGAGGACAACGCCAGCGUGACCGAUAACGUCUCCCGACAAAUGGCCAAUGGAGACUUUGCCGGCAGCUCCUUCCGUAACGGGCGGCGCAUCUGCCUGCCGGCUCCGUGCCCGGACACCAGCAACAUCAACCUGUGGAACAUCCUGAGGAACAACAUCGGCAAAGACCUGUCCAAGGUGUCCAUGCCUGUGGAGCUCAACGAGCCGCUCAACACGCUGCAGCGUAUGUGUGAGGAGCUGGAGUACAGCGAGCUGCUGGACAAGGCCGCAGAGACAGACGACCCCUUUGAGCGUAUGGUCCUUGUCGCUGCGUUCGCCGUCUCUGGCUACUCCUCCACUUACUACAGAGCAGGAAGUAAGCCAUUCAACCCGCUGCUUGGAGAGACUUACGAAUGUAUUCGGGAAGACAAGGGCUUCUGCUUUUUCUCUGAGCAGGUGAGCCACCACCCUCCCAUCUCCGCCUGCCACUGCGAGUCAAAGAACUUCACCUUCUGGCAAGAUGUGAGAUGGAAAAACAAAUUCUGGGGAAAAUCUAUGGAGAUUUUACCGAUGGGAUCUGUGAAUCUCUUAAUUCCCAGGUUUGGAGAUCAUUAUGAAUGGAAUAAAGUCACCACCUGUGUGCACAACAUCCUUAGUGGACGACGGUGGAUCGAACAUUACGGGGAGAUCACCAUCAGAAACACCAAGAGCAGCGCCUGCCUUUGCAAACUUACCUUUAUUAAGGGAAACUAUUGGAGCUCAAAUGUGAACGAGGUCCAGGGAUUUGUGAUGGAUCAAGAGGGGAAAGUGAUUCACAGGCUUUUUGGAAAAUGGCAUGAAGGUCUUUACUGCGGCGUCCCGCCGUCUGCCAAAUGUGUCUGGAGGCCAGGCUCCAUGCCGACAGACUACGAGCUCUAUUACGGCUUCACCAGAUUCGCCAUCGAACUGAAUGAGCUGUGCCCCGAGCUGAAAGACGCCCUGCCGCGUACAGAUGCUCGCUUCAGGCCCGAUCAAAGAUAUCUGGAGGAAGGAAACGUGGAGAUGGCCGCCUCUGAAAAGCAGCGAAUCGAGGACGCCCAGAGAGCCAGGAGGAAGUGGAACGAAGAGAACAACAUCAAACACGAGCCGCGCUUCUUUAAGAAAGUGAUGGACGCCAACCACAGGGAGAGGUGGGUCUCCAACAACACGUACUGGGAGCUCCGUAAGAACCCUGGCUUCAUCAACAUGGAUCCCACCGUCAGCCUCUGGUAGCACAUGGAUCAGCGUCCAUCGCAACACCAGGAAGCCCUUACCUAUGCACAGGAGGCGCGUUGGAUAGAAACACUCGCUGCAUGGACCGGAAGGACCGCGGAGUGGAGGGACGACCUGUUGCCUCGCGUGGGUGGGGGCUGCCCAUCCAUGGAAACAUCCUCAUCCUGCUUUUUUUGAAGCCAGGUCGCAGCUACUACGUAGAUCGCUCCUCUGACUUUCCCAGUUUGUCCUUGCCUUAAAAAGACCCCCAUAUGACUCAAAGGAUUAGGCGCCUUUUAGUUGAAGCCAUUUCGUUUCCAAACAGCAGUUUGGCUUAGACUAGUCUAUGGAGUAGACAUCUGGAUUACCUUCCAUCCGUGCAUGUUUAGAGAGCAGCUUUCUCCGGCAUAAAGCCGUAUUUAUUAUAAGAUCAAAUAUUGUAGAGAAAAAAAUAAGAAGUAUUUUUGUAAAAAAAAAAAAAGAAAGAAAAAGAAAUCUUGUGUGAAAGAGAAUAACUUGAAUUGGCAGAUUUUAUUUAUUUUUUGCUUUUUAAUACUAAUGAAUCUAUGAAAUGGCAGCAUCUUCUCUGGGGAAACGACUCAUACUAGAUUAACAGAAACAGCGGGAGUAGAUUAACGACGCCCCGCCAACAUGCAGGUUGGUAUUAAACGUACAGCCUGUUGUAAAUAGCUCACACACCGUCUGUCAUGAUGCAAUCAUGUUUAUUGAACAUUUUAAUUUAAAGACACAUGGUCAGAAUGGGUUUCUGUGGAGAGUUGUUUUCUCCACUGUGGUACAAUUAGGGAAUAUUAUUAUUUACUGUUUGCAAAGAAAAAAAGGUAUUUUAUUUCCAUGACCUUUGAACCUAAACCGUCCCGUUCCAACCGUAAACACUAAUGUAUUUUACUGGGAUUUAGGUGAUAGACUUACACAAAGUGAAGCAUAACU